GAACCUCUGGACCGCAGUGGCUGAGGAAAUACGCUCGCUUCCUGUUGUCUGAGACUCCUUGGAGUUCGUUUGCUUUGAGGAAACGCUCGAAACGAGCCAUGUAUGACCCCCAUUCUUCCUUAGCUGGGUCGAAUGGCGCCGGCGGUGUGUAGCUGGACAUUGCUGCUUUCCGCCCCUUGCUUGCUGGGUUCGCGUUUUUCUGGUGACUUCAGCUUUUUUCCUGGCGCUCUUAGCCUUGAGAUCCCACCUUCGUCGCCAGUGUUAGAUUCAGGCAAUAACGAGGCAGGAGACCAGGGUAGUGACAACAACUCUUUACUAUAUGGUGAACCCAGCAGCUCGGGCUGGGAAAACCCUCUCUUUAUAUACAGUUUAGCCGGAGGCUUCAUCCAAUCAGCAACGUGCUUUUUCCCCCGCUCAGUUUUCCCUCCACAACUUUUAAAGAUACAUUACAAUACCCCACAAAAAACCCCACAAAACUAGCCCCAAAAAUUAUGAAGACAAAAGUCGCUUCAAAGGAGGCUUCUGAUUGGAGGGAAUAAAAUCAUCCCGCGCACCCGACUGAGUUUAAAAAAACCCAACAACAAUAACAACAACACGUUCCGAUUGGCUGAAAGAACGACGUCCCUAUUGGGCCAACCAAACCAGCGCCAGCCAAUCCGAAAAGGCCGCUGGAAACCCCAGGAGUAAAUAAAUAGACCGGUUGGAGCGCUCGCUUGCCAGCAGUUCGUUCUGUGCUAUUUCAGCGAAAGGAAGCGAGCGAUUGAGCGAUCAUGUCUGGACGCGGCAAGCAAGGCGGCAAGACCCGGGCGAAGGCCAAGACUCGUUCUUCUCGCGCCGGACUGCAGUUCCCCGUGGGCCGAGUCCAUCGGCUGCUUCGGAAGGGCAACUACGCCGAGCGGGUGGGCGCCGGCGCUCCAGUGUACCUGGCCGCAGUGCUGGAGUAUUUGACGGCCGAGAUCUUGGAGCUGGCGGGCAACGCGGCGCGGGAUAACAAGAAGACGCGGAUCAUCCCGCGUCACUUGCAGCUGGCCAUCCGCAACGACGAAGAACUGAACAAGCUGCUGGGCCGGGUCACCAUCGCCCAGGGCGGCGUCCUGCCCAACAUCCAGGCCGUCUUGCUUCCCAAGAAGACCGAGAGCCACAAAGCCAAGGCGAAAUAAAUGAACGUGUCCCCACGUUCUCUCGGCUAGAAAUUGGAAAAAAAAAAUUAUUGCAAAGGCUCUUUUAAGAGCCACCCACAAACUCACAAAAAAAAGCUGAUUUUUCCAUUCUUUUAUUUACCUCGUACAAUAUUAGCGAAAUAUUGGGCGAAGGAAUUCAUUAGGUUACAAUGAUGGAAAGUUUUGGAGGUGCUGCUUUAACUCUAAAAAUAAAAGACACCCCAAAUUUUAGCCUGCGGCUCAUAAAUUAGUUCCAGAAUCUUUUGCGUUCACCGCUUUAUUAAGGAUUUUGGGGUAGAGAGUUGGAUUAGAAGACCUCCGAUAGUCCCUUCUAGUCCAAUGAUUGCACGUUUAACUCGUGAAUUGAUUUAUAGGCAACAUUCCAUACGUUUAUUGCGUUAUACAGCAUUCCACUUUGCUGCCUGGCCAAGUUUUUUCAGAAAUAAAUGCAUAAUUUUCAUAAUAAAUGCAUGUGCUUUUCUAUUAUUAAAUGUAGAUGUCAUUUUAUCCCUAUCAAGCGAGUCUCGCAGGCCAAAGUGACUAGCAUCACGGUUAAUUUAUAUUUUUUAUAAAACUCGUUAUCGAUUUUUAACUUGGAACAUUUUAAUGUCUUCCUUUUAAAGCUCGACGGGACGGGGCGUUUUAUUCGUAAACCGCUGAGAUUGUAAAAGCAAAGCAUCUUAUUUUUGUAAAAAGUUACCCCUGAAGAGGCUGACUUGCCAGAAUAAAAAUGUUAAGUGUUAUAGCACUCAAUGUAUUAAAAUGCUAUAGUGUUAUAUAUGUAAAUAUAUAUAUGCUGGCAAUCCUUAUGAUUUACAUUGAUAUAUUGAUCAUCAAUUGUGUUGUAAAUGUUGUACCUUGAUGAACCUAUCUUUUCUUUUAUGUACACUGAGAGCAUCUGC